UAACUGUUCACCAAAAGAGUGUCAGAUGAAAGCCAGCUCCCAGCUCAUGCACAGUGCGUUUACACUGAAACAACUUCAGGUGGUCACACGAAGGUUAAUGACAGAGCCUCAGACAGCUUUUAAUUCCACCCACGGAUAUUUGCUCGCCACCCAGACAAAGGAAUUGACAGAGUUGGUCCUCUCUCUCUCUCUGUUUUUUUUUGCCUUUCUGCAUUGCGAGCACAUGUUACUGAAGGAGGGGCCUUGAACUAAAGGAGACCAAACCACGCAGCCUGAAAUAACCCAAACCUUCACCGUCUGGAAUGAAUCUUGUCUUCUUAACUGGGUGAAAUGCCCUGACCUUACCCUCGCCGUACCAUGGCAGGUUUAGUCUCCUCUGUGGGUUUGGUGGUGGUGCUAAAGGCUCUUAUGCAUGCCCAUGGCCAGCGUGCAGUGUUUCUGGGGAUGACGGUGUUGGUAAUGGUGAUCGCAGCUGACUCAACCGUUGCAGAUGAGUCUCUGUUGGACCCCACACACCAUCCCAUGGGAUUUCUUGGAGAUGUUCCAAGUUCAACAGGGUCAUCACCAUCAGCCUUACCAGCCUCACAUUAUACUGCCUUUAAGAGCCCAGACUCACCUCGUGCCCUGCCAUCCAUUUCUGAACCAAACUAUGAAGUUAGGACUGCUGACAUCGCACAUUUUCAGUGGGGGCAUGUUGCUUCUGAAAACUCAAAAUCCUUCACAGCAAGUGACCUCCUUGCAGAAGAAUUGCAUCCUCUUUCCACUCCAUCAUUAAGCCCCUCUGAACCUGUAUUGGGGUCUAGUCCUCAAUUUGAGGCACCAGCUAAACUCUCCACAGACUCGAAGUUGGCCAGGACAAACUCUGCCAAGCAAUCUUCCUCUCCCUCUCCCAUACCUACAAGAUCCCAGCUGCAGCCUCAGUCAAAUGUAUCCAUAACACUGUUAAGCCCCUCUGCUUUUACAAGGUCAACAACACCUCAGCUAGGUCUUAAUUCUGAGCAGAAAGCAACUUUCAGCGAGCAGCAGGAUGGUGCAUCAGAGCAAUCACUGACCCCACCUCCUGGUCAGCCUUUUGAGCUGCCUAAACUAGCUUUUGCUGACUCUCCGGCAGAUGAAUCUUAUAGUGAUAUCCUGGAUGUGAACCAACUGAGCCCCAGCAGUGCCCCCAUGGAGGAGAAGAAACCAGCACAUUACAUAAACAUGCUAUCCAACCCAGAUGAGAUUCUGGCCCCUGGCUACAAUGUGCCUUUCAUCGCCCCCCUCCCUACCUCACCUUCAUCUGAACCCACCGAGAUCUCUCCAGAGGACUUCUACCCCACCAACACCAUGGAAUUGGACUGGGGUUCUGGGGACUACUUGGAGACAAUGUCUUUCUUAAAUGCAGAAGGAGAGGACUACUCUCUGGUCACCAAGUUGCCCUCUGACUCGUAUGAUCUGGAGGACUAUACAGAAAGCUAUGACACAUCCUUCCCUUCCAGAGUGGGUAUAUCCUUUUCGUCGUUGCGUCCUCUUCAUGUCUCAUCUUCUAUCAGCCUUUUGACAGCAUACAACACCAUUGUUCCACUAAAAUCCAUUUAUUCGUCCUCUUUUUCCUCUGCAAUUCACUAUACACUGGAACCUACUCCUACAUCUGACAGUGAUAUACCUGACGCAUCAGACAUAGAUUGGCCCGAUGCUUUCACAAUUCAACCGACAGACGUCCUCUUACCUGACAUGAACAGCUUGGAGUAUUACACGACUCAGUUGACAAAGGAGAACAACAAUGGUUCAGACACUGGAGCUGAACACAGAGGGAAUGUUACUCUGGUGUCCCUCAGUGCUACAGACAUCACACCCACCAGCAGCUUUACCAAUGAUACCAAAUCGACUGAGGACGAGUCCUCCAGUGAUCUGUCAGGAUUUGAGCCUAAUGACGAAUCAACUAUAGUAGUAACCACAGAGGAGAGUCCUCAGCUAGUCAAUGCUUCUGAGCCUUUUCUGGAUCCUUCCAUAGUCCCAACCCACUUCUUUGAUCCCUCUUCUUCCACAUGGGGUAGUCAGGUGUCCACCACAGAUUGGUCUACACCUACACUAACUGUCGGCUUGGACAGCAUUGCAUUGACAGAAGCUUUGCCACCCAGUGCCACGCCUUUGCUGCCAGAUGAUGCAACAUCUUCCUUCUCUCUGACAGACAUCCAUUGGUUUGUUACAGAGUCAUUUCCACAAAGUACCAUACAUACCACUCCUGUCUUAACUGCAACUAUAGCCUUCUCCCCAGUUCCCACUGAGCCUGCUGCCAACACAACUGCUGGAACAACAGAAGUAACUCCCCAAGACUCUACUUUUACUACUGAACCAACUCUUAAUGUCACUUCAGUUUCAUCUGAACCCACAUCUAAUGUUACCUUGGUCCCCCCAGACAUGUUGGGUGAUCAGGGGGUGACUGAAGAUGCAGUUGACAUCCCAGCUACAAUGACCUUGAUCCCAACUAACAGUGAAGCUAAUACAGACUCUGCUGUGCCCACAACAACAACUGCCACCACUACUUCUCAUCAAACUACAGCUAAAACUACUACCACCACUGAAGCCUCUACUAGUGUCAAUAUCAUCUCGACCACCAGUAGAAAGACCACAACCACAGCAACAACAUCAAGGCAGUACCUCUGCAACCUUGACAAGCCUGCUUAUUUAGUAAAAAUUGGGUUUCCUUCCGGGGCAACUGUUGGAUAUGCAAAAUCUCAAGUGAGAGACAUACUGAAAGGGGAAUUCAACAAAUCUGUGGAAGUACAGGUUGUGGACCCCCCUCCAAAGUUUGUGUUUCGGGUGGUGUCUGGGCCAGUUGUGUACACAGCCAUAUCUGUCAUCAAUGCUUUGCGAAGGUCUGGUCGUCGCUUCCUGUCUGUCUCUCCCAGCUGGACCACACCAGACCGUAAAUAUCAAAUCCACACAGUGCUGCAGUUUGUUCCCAGUCACAUUGAUGUGCGGUUCUGCAACUUCAGUGAGAGCAUAGAGAAAGGUUUGACCAUGGCCUUUGCAGAAGUGCGUCGGCGCUCAAAGGAGUCAACCAACUUCACAGUACAAAUUAUAAACAUCACCAUGGCUGCUCCUAAAUAUCAGGAACAACGGCUAGUGAGGCAGCCGGUGGACAUCACCUUCACUGUGCGUGUUUCAAGGGGUUAUCUGAUGGGGUCAGAGGUCAGCAAUGCUCUGAUGAAGCUCACAAUGGUGGAAUUUAGCUAUUACAUGGGCUUUCCUGUUCUGCAGAUUGCUGAGCCUUUCCAUUAUCCAGAGUUGAACACCAGCCAGGUGCUUCGCUCCUCCUGGGUUAGAACAGUGCUCCUGGGUGUGUUGGACCAGAAAGUGAGUGAGAGGACCUUCCACGCCAACAUGGAGCGCCGGGUGGCCAUGCUACUAGGGGAAGCAAUAGGAUUAGUCAGACGUGUUAAAAGAGCCACCACUAUAGGCAACAACAGUGUUCAGGUUGUAAGUGCGAGCCGGCUGGUGGGUGUGGACCAUCCCUUGGAAGUAGUGUAUUUUGUGGAAGGUCCCGGGGGCCAGAGGAUGCCUGCAGUUGACACAGCCAACCUACUCAACAGCCUGGAUGUUCAAAGGGCUGCUAUUGUUUUGGGAUACCGUGUCCAGGGCAUUUUGGCACAGCCCGUAGAGAAGGUGGCGUCCUCACCGUCUGACGCUGAGAACACCAACAUGUGGAUCGUCAUUGGGGUGGUGAUUCCCCUCCUCGUGGUCAUUGUCAUCAUUUCCAUCCUUUACUGGAAACUGUGUCGCACAGACAAGCUGGAGUUCCAGCCAGACGCCAUGACCUCCAUCCAGCAGAGACAGAAGUCUACUACCUCAUUCAGAGAAUCAAGGGCCACCCUUCGCCAGACACUCCCUCCAACUAAAAAGCAUAUAGAUUUUAGUGAGGGGGAGUAUGAGGAAGAAGAAGAGGAGUAUGAAGAAGAAGAAGAGGAGGAGGAGGAGGAGGAGGAGAAGAAGAAAGAGGUUAAAAGAGGGAAGACACCAAUACCUCUUCCCAAGAGCAAACAGAGUAUGAGCAGUGAGGAGGAAGAAGAAGAAGAGAAGAACGAGGAGGAGGAAGAGGAGGAGGAGGAAGAUGAGGACAAAGAUGAGGCAAAGGAGGGCUUUAAAAAGAAAGGAAUUAAACCAGAAGAGCAAAGAAAACAAGGGCACAAAGCAGUGAUAAUGAAAACAGGAGAGAUGAAGAAAGAAGACAAAAUGAAAGUGUUAACUAAAGGGAGGAGAGCCAAGGAUGAGUUGCAGGCUCCCAGUGUGAAAGGCUUUGACUUUGCCAAGCUGCACCUUGGCCAGCAGAGUAAGGAUGAUGUCAUGGUGAUUCAGGAGCCUGUCCCGCCAGGGCCUGGCCCUGGACCCCUGCCCAUGUCCAUUAAAGAUGGCCUCAGUCCAUCUGAGAACGGGGAGAUCCCCACUCCCAUGUCCAAAAACUCUGCCUCCUCCACCAAGGCGUCCCAUAGUGGGCGAAGGCGAGAAAGGAUCUCACCGUCAGACGGUGACUCGGUGGUAAGUGACCGUUCCAGUGAGCGGGAAUCAACUGAGGAGAACCGGAGAGCCUACGCCGCGCCCAGCGACAGCAAGCAGACCCGUAAGGUCCCCAUCAAUGUUUUAAACGGCAAGAAUAGAAUUGGUCCCCCUCCUAUGAAUGGUACAAACGAGCAGCUGUCCUCAGCCUCCAUCUUUGAACAUGUUGAUCGGAUGUCUCGUGCAACAGAUGCAAGCAGGAGACUCCCCAACAAAGUCCAGCUUAUCGCCAUGCAGCCCAUGCCUGUCCCACCACUGCACAGCCCACCCAUCAACGGCAAACUGUCUGACAGCAACCAAAUUAACAAAGAGAUCCAGGUAGCAUUGAGACACAAGUCUGAAAUUGAGCACCAUCGUAACAAGAUCCGUCUGCGUGCCAAGAGGAAGGGCCACUACGACUUCCCUGCCAUGGAUGACACAACAGGUGGCCUCGCAGAUGCAAAGGACCAGGAUCGCAUCUACCAGAAAGCACAGAUACAGAUCGAUAAGAUCCUGGACCCAGAUGCACAGAUGGCCUCCAUCUUCAUGGGAUCCAAGAAAAGUGGUCGAGGGAGGCGCUCUCCCAAACAGAGGAUGAAGGAGCAGCUGAGUGGAGGCAUGAUGGAGGCAGACAAAGACCACCUCAUCACUGAAGACAGUGAUGCUGCUUACAGAAAGUGUCCAGGAGUCAACAAUGUGGCCUACGUAUCCGACCCUGACCAAGGCCCAGGAUCCCCUCACAGGAGCCCCUCCCCCACAGAUGACGUCUUCCUUGGUCCCGCUUCCUCUCCUCCAGGUCACGCCCCUCCCCCACCACCCUACAUGCCCCCGCAGCCCUCCAUUGAGGAGGCGCGGCAGCAGAUGCACUCACUGCUGGAUGAUGCUUUCGCCCUAGUGUCGCCCACCUCUCAGGGCAGCACAGCAGGGAUCACUCUCCCAGGGGUCAACACCAACCCCCCUGGCUCCAGCCCUCCCGGCCGUGGCCCCAGACCUUGGGGUCCCUCCUACCCAGCUCUUGGCCCUUUCCCUGGAAGGUUCACUGAUCUGGGCAUAUCCCCCCCUCCUGUCCAAGGCCUGAUAUCAAGGCAGGGCCUUGGCUCGAGCUACCUGCCACCAGGAGAGACAGCAGGACAGUGUGAGCAGCUUCAGCCAGACAGCCUGUACUCCAGCAGGGGCCUCUACGCUGAUGAGCUCCCCUCAUCUGCCAGACCACGACCAGUAGGAGGAACUACAGGUGCCCAGCUCCAUCAUCUUACGCAGGUGGGAUUGUCCAGCCGGAUGAAUGGUUACCCAGCAGGGGUCAGGGCUGCUCCAGGGCACAACGGAGGCAUUGGCUGGAACCACUACCAUGAUGACAAUUUCUCCAGGACAGAGCCUGAAAAAGAUCCAUUCCGGGAUUGUCCUGACUACUCGCCCUCCUCUAUCUUCCAGACGCCGAGAAGUGGCAACAGGGAGCCCUCAGCACCCCCUGUCCACCUAGACACGGGGGUGGGCUAUCUGUCAGCCCCGCCGCCCCUGGAUACAUCUCCUCCUACCCACUCCUCUGCCUCCCUGAUCAAGGCCAUCAGGGAGGAGCUGUUGCGGCUCUCCCAGAAACAGGCAGCUGUGCCCAGCUACCACAGCUGAAGCCCCCGGCCCCCGGUCUGUAGCUCUAACCAGUCAUGCCACUGACCCUGCCUGCCUGCUUUGCCUAAUCUGACAAUACUUCCCAUGGAAGUCACUGAGGGUGUACAGCAGAGAGAUAGUCCUGCUAAACUGAAGGGAAGAGAUGGCUAAUAAAGAUUUCUACCUGAAGAGGUUGCCCUCAUGAAAAACUGAAUGACAGGAUUGUUGAUACAGCUCCUAGACUAUUCAGAGUACAGAACCAGAUCAGCUGCAGUAUGUCCAAUCAGAGACAGCGUAAUAAAGUGAGGAACAAUAUGAACAGUAUAUGUUGGACCUUUUAAAAUGAGAGGACAUGACGUGUUUGGACAGCCCAUGUGUCUGUCCUGCACAUUGUGGAUCAGGGAAGUGAUCAUGCCAGGUUCUGACCAUUGUGGAUCCACAUUCUGGACUUGAUUUUGCUGCAUUUAUUUGGACUCAGUAUUCUGUGUCAUGGUUUCAUUCUCAUGCUGCCUUCACUAAACAAAGAGUGUAUAAUACCCCCUAAGACACGUGUCAUUUAAAGAAAUGUCUUUUUACAUUACUUAAACUAGCAUACAGGCGUUUGUUGCUUUCCAGUGCAGGCCCUUAACCUCUUUAUCACCACCAGGUGCUACUUCCUGUUUUCUGCCACGAUGAGCCAUGCUAUGCCUUGACACUGUGAUGUAAUUGACCCGACCCAAUCUACUGUACGAGCCUACAGUGAGGUCAUAGUUCACAGCCAGCGAGCCAGUUCAGACAGUAGGCACAAAGGGGCAUCCAUAGAGACUAAUAACACUUCUAAACACUACCUAUAAUUCUUUCCGUACUUAUUUGCAGUAGCACAGUUAGUCUGAGUUGAUAUUUUUUGACCUCUUGACUUUGUUUUUUGAGGACAACUUGAAUUCACGUCCUGUGUUUCUUUUUAUGUUUAGUAGCUAACAGAUGGCUAGACAAACAUGAAAAAAAUGGCCUUGAAAUCACAACAAUCUUAAAACAUGACUUCAGAGGCAGGUGUUAGAGAUAGAGGCACAAAUGUGUUACAAAUAAUGAAUGAAGAAUUAGAGUAUGUACUUGACAGCUAGGGUGUAUUGUAUGUACUCAGUAUUUGGUUGUAAUUUGAUGCACUGUAUGCAGACUACUUGGUACAGCUCAGGUCAUUCAAAAAGAGAUUCCUUUGCGGACAAAUCAGUGUUAAAACAGUUUGAUUUUACGGAUGUAUGAGAACUGUUGAUGAGGGAAAGUCACAGAGUAUUGACUAUGUAUUAUUAUAACAACCAUCUCUGUUUCAUGCAGUAUUCAAAGUUUGCUUUGCCUUUUUGUUAGCACAGGAAGGAAAAAAAAACGUUUACUGUAUUUGUUGUCAUUUAUGGUUUAUUUCAACCAGUCAUGUUUAUUUGCUGUUUAAAUUUCUUUGGAUUUAAAUUGCCUCAUGUUAUUUUGUUCAUCAUAAAUGUCUCUUAGUCAUCAUACUGGUUGGAUUCUUCCUUGUUUUUUUUACAUGACCUUCCCUCGACAUGUUGUGAUGUAUUGGGGCCUGAAUUUUAUUUAAAUGAAAUAAAAGAGAAAUUAUGGAUUUUAAAAGCAGGGCUUGAAAUGAUGUUUCAGAGUGUGUACCAGUAUUACGGUGUGAUUUCCCCUUUCUCACAAAGGCACCAGUGUAUGGCAGUGAGUUGAAACUACAGAUGUUACCAGAGUGUGCUAACCAACCUUCUUUGUUUGCAAUGUGAUGUGCCUUUUGGACUCACCUGAACAGAUUGAGUACUUGGGACGAUAGAAAUUCUGUGUGCCCUAUUUUACUUGUCAUUCAUUCUGUCACAGUGUCCAAGGUUGUGAUCGCCAGCCUAAACGACAUAAAUAUGACAUUAUGGCUGUUGGUGAAUUUCACCCAGGUAAUGAUAAUCAAACAUUUUCAUUGUACGGAGUUUUCAUUGGGUUUUUUAUUUAUUUAACCUUCAUUCAACCAGAGGUACGUUGAGAUUAAGAUACUUUAUCGAGGGAGACUGUUAGUUUUCCAUUUCACUUCAUAUGUUCAUGUGCUGUGUUACCAAUCUCACACUGUAUGCCUCCAUCUGCUGGUUCUGUACUGGAACAACAGCCUAUCAACUUGUGUUCUUCCUCAGUUCUUUUUUAUUAUUAUUAUGUUUUUGUGUUGUUGUUGUUUUGUUCAUCUAUUUCUAAAUCUUGUAUUUUGUGAGAAUUAUCUGUUGGCUGGCCCAACUUUAUGUUUCAUUGAUGUUGCAUGUUUAAUUAUUGUAUUUCUUUUGUUUGUUUUUGCGCAUGCUGUUUCCAAAAUUCUUGAAAUACAAAAAAGAA